ACUACAACUCUCUGCAACUCAUUCCUCUUCAACACUUUGUUCCAGUACCCAACCAAUCUACGACCAUGAUGGGCAUCAAGAACAUCGUCUUGCUCUCUAUUGCAGCUCUUGCUCAGAUUGGCAGCUGCACACCUACAGGCCAAAUCGAGCCACCCAUCCCAGAGCUCGCUCGUCGUGCGCCAAACACUAUCUGGAUCUGGGCUGGCCCUAACUAUACCGGCCCAAGCCAGAGCCUGACUUACAACACCGUUAAUGAGUGCAAGGCCAUUGGAUGGGACACGAUUGGAUCAAUUUGGUUGCCAGAUAACGUUGUCUGCACAUUUACCGUCAAGCCCGGCGACUGCCAGGAUGAUGUUGGCAACUUCCGAUCCCAGACUAUCUUCCCCUCCGGCCUGGCAGAUAUUCGCCAGUGGUAUGAGUCAAGAAAGGCCGAUUUCCCGGCUUACUGGUUCCACAAUGCCCGGUCAAUCCAGUGCGGUGGAGCAAACUUUUAGAGGAACGGCCGAAAUACUAUGUCUUGUAAAUUUAAGCGACUAUUAUAUGGCACAGAGUAAAUUGCUCGAGAAGAUCUCACAAAGAUAGGCAUAAUGAAAUCCAC